CUGCCAUGGGCUGUCUGAAGUCAAGCGAUGAGCAUGUCCACUGUCCAGCUCGGGCGAGCUCUGGAACAGCAGCCGCGAGGUAUAAGAAGGGCCAUUCUGAAGGAGUUUGUACUCGAGCUCGAAUCGAAUGAACCAGCGCCCAGUGAGUGAGCCGCUGAGUCCAUCGAAGAUCGCCGGCCAGUAGCAUCAACACAGAAGGACUUGCCAUUCGGACACGAUGGUGACCGCCUCAAGAGUAGCGAGAAUAUUUGCCCUUUGCGCUGUGUGCGCAUUGACGCUCUCGCUGCUGGCUGCCGGUCUGGCCAGCGCUCAGUUGGUGCCCGAAUAUUACGUCCAGAGCUGCCCCAAGUUGGUCGAGACUGUUAACAAGCACGUCGACGCGGCGAUCAAAAGCGAUGCCCGCAUGGCCGCUUCGCUUCUUCGACUGCAAUUCCAUGAUUGCUUUGUUCAGGGUUGUGAUGCUUCCAUUCUUCUCGACGACGACAGUAGACUUCCGUUAGGAGAGAAAACUGCCAAUCCCAAUAUUAAUUCGGUCAGAGGUUACGAGGUGAUCGAUGUGAUCAAGGCUGAGCUGGAGAAAAUCUGCCCCAGAACUGUUUCCUGUGCCGAUAUAGUCACUUUAGCUUCCUCGGUCUCCAUUCAGAAGACUGGUGGACCGCAGAUGUAUUUCCCACUCGGAAGAAAGGACAGUGUAACCGCUAGCUUCAGCAAAGCCCUCGAGUUUCUUCCCGGAGCGAACUUGACCGCAACACUGCUGAAAGCAGCGUUCUCCAAAGUUGGUCUCAACGUCAAAGAUCUGGUCACCCUCUCAGGCGGUCACACUCUCGGAUUCUCCAGGUGCUUGCUGUUCAGUGAUCGUCUCUACAACUACAACGGAACCGGAAGAGCCGAUCCCACCCUCGAGCCCUCCUUCCUCGCCAGCCUCAAGCAAACGUGCCCCCAAGGUGGGAACGGCGCUGUCUUGAAGCAACUCGACACGACCGUGUCCAAAUUCGACAACCAGUAUUACAAGGAGCUCAUUGCAUUCAAAGGAUUGUUGACCACAGACGAGGCUUUGUUCACUCAGGCUAGUGACACCAAGGCCCUUGUACAGACAUAUGCCAAGGAUCAGGCCAAGUUCUUCGCAGACUUCUCGGCCUCCAUGAUCAAGAUGAGCCUCAUGAAACCAACUACCAACACGGAAGUUCGAAUCAACUGCAGGAAGCCCAACUCACUCCUCUUGCAAGACACGGAGCCAUUGAUUGAGCUUCGAUCUGACAUUUAGAACCGCGGUUUGUUCCGGUUUGUUACCACGAGCAAGAUGCAGCCUCUUAUGUGUGCAUGUGAGUUUCUCCGUCGCAUGACUGUCAGAAGACGACUAUUGCGAUUGCAAGAAAACAUGAGCUAUCGAACUCCAGAUUUCUGUUGCUACGUCCUCCUCUGAAGCUAGAGUAGAUGUUUACAUAUUUGCAGGCGGUCUCUGUAAGAUUUUUCUAGCUUGACACUGCACUCGUAGGAAUUAUAGCGAUUUUGUGUAGGUAGUCGAUGAAUGGUCUUCAGGUGCACUUGACAAUGCGCACACUGUCCAGGUCCUCGUCUAAUAUGUAGUAAUGUUCCUUCAUCAUAAUAGUAUCUUCUGUGACUUCUCAUUCUCAUUCUUUGCUUCGAGAAUGAAUCAUGUCCUCCUCUACUCCCCAAUG